CCGGAAAGUGAAAUUUCUACCACAGUAGAAGAUUACAGUUCUGAGGUAAAUGGUUGCAGUUUUGUGACAAGAACAGCUAUACCCGCAGACUUAAUCAGGGAAGAAGAAUUUGGAGUUGGAGAGAUUGGUUCUGAGCAUGGAGCGCAGCACUCUGACACGCAGCUAGAGAUGAUGGAGAAUGAAUUGGCUGGGAAACAACAAGAGAUUGAAGAGCUAAACAGAGAGCUAGAAGAAAUGAGGGCAGCCUAUGGUACAGAAGGAUUGCAACAGCUGCAAGAAUUUGAAGCUGCUAUCAAAAAAAGAGAUGACAUUAUCACUCAGCUCACUACUAACCUACAGCAGGCACGGAAAGAAAAGGAUGAAACUAUGAGGGAGUUCUUAGAGCUUACUGAACAAAGUCAAAAACUGCAAAUUCAGUUUCAGCACUUGCAGGCAAGUGAAGCCCUAAGGAACACCAGCCAUAGUUGCACAGCUGCUGAUUUAUUGCAAGCCAAGCAACAGAUACUUACACAUCAGCAACAGCUAGAAGAACAAGAAUGUCUGCUGAAGAAUUAUCAAAAAAAGAAUGAAGAAUUGGAAGUGCGGAUUACACACCUUCAGGACAAAAUCACAACAUAUGAUAUGGAAAAACACAAAAAUGAGGGAGAAGAUUUGAGUAAGCUACAAGAAAAGGAAGCAUUAAUUGAAAAGCUGGAAGCAAAACUUGAAGAAGAAGAAAAAAAAUCAUUUCAGCUUAAGGAAGAAUUAUCAGAUGUCAGUAAAUCACUUGAAGAAUUGAAAGAACAGAUUUCACUAAAGGACCAGGAGAUAAGUAAUAUGAGAGUUGAACUUACCACCUACAAACAGAAAGAAAGACAAUGUUCUGAUGAAAUAAAACAGCUAAUGGGAACUGUGGAAGAAUUGCAGAAACGAUGUUAUAAAGACAGCCAGUCUGAAGCUGACAUUGUGCAAAGAAUGGAAUUAGAAACACAAAGGCGACUGGCACAGCUUCAGGCUGAAUUAGAUGAAGUGCAUGGCCAGCAGAUUGUACAAAUGAAGCAAGAAUUAAUUAAGCAACAUGCAAUGGAAAUAGAACAGCGCCUUUUGCAACAAAAAGUAGAAUUGGAAAAAAAUUCAAUUCUGUAUUUGAAUGAGAAUGUUAAUAAAGAUCAAAUGCAUUUAAUGAAUAUUAAAAUUAAUGAAUUGAAUGUGAAAUUGCAAGAUGCUGAUAAUGAAAGGGAAAAAAUAAAGCAAGAAUUGUCACAACAGAUGGAAGUCAUCUCAGCAGAGAAGUCACUUCAACAAACUAAAAUUGAAGAUCUUUUCCAAGAACUGAAUUUUUCAAGAGAGCAGGUUCAAAGAGCCAAACAAACUAUAGUGGAUAUGGAAUGUAGAUUAAAUGAAGCUGAAAAACACCAGUUUGUGAUUGAAGAUUUAAAAACACAGCUGGCUUCUGCCUCUGAAUUUAGGAAGGAAUUGGAAUUAAAACAUGAGGCAGAAGUUACAAAUUACAAAAUAAAACUUGAAAUGCUAGAAAGGGAGAAGGAUGCAGUUCUGGACAGGAUGGCAGAAUCUCAAGAAGCAGAAUUGGAGAGACUGAGAACAAAGCUUCUGUUUAGUCAUGAAGAGGAACUUUCCAGACUUAAAGAUGAUUUACAAAAAGAGCACAUGGUGAAUAUGGAAAACCUUAAAGAUAACUUGAAUAUGCACCAUAAACAACUGUUAGAUAAGGUACAAAAUGAAAUGAGUCAAAAGAUAGAAGCCAUGCAAUGUGAAAAGGACAGCUUAAUCACAAAACAAAAUCAGUUGAUAUCAGAGAUUUCAAACCUGAAAGAUUUACAACAGUCUAUUGUAAAUUCUAAAUCUGAAGAAAUGUCACUUCAAAUCCAUGAGCUGCAGAAGGAGAUUGAAGUGCUCAGGCAAGAGGAAAAAGAAAAAGGUACCCUUGAACAAGAAAUUCAGGAGCUUCAACUUAAAACAGAGUUGAUGCAGGAACAAAUGAGGGAGAGAGAAGAUAGCCUUCAAAACAAGUGUUCACAACUUGAAACACAAAAUAACCUUCUUAAGGGGGAAAACAAAAUUCUGGAGGAGAAAUUAAAAAAGGAUGCUGAAAGGCAGAAGAGUGCCUUUUCCUUUACUGAGAAAAAACUUGAAGCUAAUUAUGAAGAGCUGCAGAAGGAACGUGCAACUCUUCUGAAGGCAAAAACUGAGUUAGAAGAGAACAAAAAUAGGCAGGAAGCUGAAUAUAAAAGCAAACUCAAAGCUUUGAAUGAAAAACUUCAGCACUUACAAAGCAGUAGACCAGUUUUAUUUAAAACUAAAAAUUAUGGUUUUGAAGGCAGUGAAGAAAUCAAGCCAUCCAGGGCAGACAUGUUUGAGGCUGGAGAAGUUGUUGAGAAAGAUACGACAGAACUUGCGGAAAAGCUUGAGGUUACCCAGCAUGAGAAAGAACAAGUUCUAGCAAAAUGUAAAGAGCUAGAAGUCAUAAUUAACCAUGCUCAGAAAGGAAACAGUAGUAGUAAUAACCCCAAGACAAAAUACUCUAAAGGAAAAUCUCUAAAGACUGCCGCUCCAGCAUCUGAAAGUAGAAAUAAAACCCACAGUCCAAGGAGUAAAGCUGAUGAAGGAACUAAUGUAAGAGGAAAUCUGGGUUUGAGUAAAGAUAUCGGUCAUGAGACAACAAAACAAAAGGAAGCUCAGCAAAUGUUGAAACCAGAACAGCAGUCCUUUGUAGAACAUUUGCAUGGGAUGACAGACAGGCAGACAGAUGAAACAUCAUUAACAGCCAUUACACUGGGUGAAAAUCAUCUGCAGCAGCAAGUGGAUGCCCUGAAAUCAGAACAGACUGAUUUGCAGCUACAGAUGGAAGCACAGCGCAUUUGCCUGUCCUUGGUUUAUUCAACUCAUGUAGAUCAGGUUCGUGAGUACCUGAAAGCAGAAAAAGAGAGUGCACUUUGCAGUCUUAAAGAGGAGCUUGUACGCAGUCAUCUACAAGAGAUGAACGAUCUUAAAAAAAUGCAUCAGCUGGAGCUCCAGACCUUGAAAAUUCAACAAGCAGAUGAUGAAGUCAAAUCUACACAAAGACUUAUAGAAAAGCUGAAUGAAGCUGUAACUGAGGAAUGCUCUAGGCUUGCUCAG